AUGGAUUUACCUCUUGUGGAAAUUUCCAAAGACGAUUACCGAAAGGGGGCAGCACCAUAUGAUGAUGAUCCUUUGGUUCUAGAGAUUAAGGUGGCUAACCUCAGAGUGAAAAUAGUACUGGUAGACACGGGGAGCUCGUCCGACAUAAUCAGCCUGCAUUGCCUACAAAAAUUGAAGCACGAUGCCAGAAUAAUAGAGAAACUAUUCAGGCCCUUAGUAGGAUUUGGAGGAAGUAUCGUUCGCCCAAUUGGCUCCAUCCUGCUCCCAGUCUCCAUUCGCACCCCUCCAAUGACCAAGGAAGGUGUCAUCCGAUUUACGAUUGUAGCAAGCCUCACCGCAUUCAACAUCAUACUCGGCCGUCCAGCACUCAAUGUCCUAAAAGCUGUGAUUGUUCCCCAUUUACUACUAGUUAAGUUUGUACGAAGCAUUGGACGCAUCGGAUCCCUCUAUGGAAACCAACAGCUGGCCAGAGAUUGUUACUUAUCAUCGCUGGACCCACCAGCAUGGGGAGCCUCUCCAAAGAAAAAUGAACAGUUGAAACCACUGACAAGCCAGCGUAAACUCAGAGAGACACCUAUGGCACAUAAUGCGGAUCGACGCCCUGAGCCAGUGGGAGCACACUAUGAUAUAGUUCUAGACCUAGCGAACCCGUCUCGAACAGUUCCCAUUGGAAUCCCUCCUGACGACCCCAUGGCAGCGGCACUGGUACAACUGCUUCGAGAAUACAAAGAAAUAUAUGCCUUCACGGUAGAGGAGAUGCUAGGCAUUGAUUCAGCGGUGGCCGUGCGCAAGCUGAAUGUAGAUAGCGCUAUGAAACCAGUACGACAGAAGAAAAGGAAUCAUGGAGAGGCAAGAAAUUUAGCCGCCGCUGCUGAAGUACAGAAGUUAAUGGACGCAGGCUUCAUACGUCCAUGUCAGUAUCCAGACUGGGUAGCCAAUGUAGUACUGGUACCUAAGCCCAAUGGGACGUGGAGAAUGUGUGUCGACUAUACCGAUUUAAAUAAGGCCUGCUCCAAGGACAGUUUUCCAUUGCCAAAGAUAGACCGACUCGUCGACUCAACGGCAGGGCACGCCAUGAUGAGCUUCAUGGACGCCUACUCCGGAUUUCAUCAGAUCCCUUUGUGGCCCCAGGACUAG